ACAAAAAUUCAAGAUGUCGCGUGGUACCAGCGCUGGCUUUGACCGACACAUAACAAUUUUUUCGCCGGAAGGACGGUUGUAUCAAGUUGAAUAUGCUUUCAAAGCAAUAAAUCAAGGCGGAUUAACAUCUAUUGGUCUUCGUGGGGCUGACUCAGCAGUAGUUGUGACUCAAAAGAAAGUCCCGGACAAACUACUGGAUGCCUCUACUGUAACUCACAUGUUUGAGUUAUCAGAGAGAAUAGGAUGUGUUAUGACUGGCCUGAUAGCGGAUGCACGUUCCCAGGUUCAGAGAGCUAGAUAUGAAGCAGCCAACUGGAAAUAUAAAUACGGGUAUGAAAUUCCUGUAGACAUGCUGUGUAAGAGAAUUGCUGACAUUUCACAGGUGUACACUCAAAACGCUGAGAUGAGACCACUUGGAUGCAGUAUGAUUUUGGUUGGUAUAGAUGAUGAAAAAGGUCCACAGUUGUACAAAACAGACCCUGCUGGAUAUUACUGUGGUUUCAAAGGUUGUAGUGUUGGUGUAAAGCAAACAGAAGCAAAUAGCUUUCUGGAAAAGAAAAUAAAGAAAAAACAUGCAUGGACACAAAGUGAAACAAUUGAGACUGCCAUCAGCUGCCUGUCAUCUGUGUUAUCUGCAGACUUUAAGCCAUCUGAGAUAGAAGUUGGCAUUGUGACAACUGAUAAUCCACGCUUCAAGAUCCUAACAGAAGCAGAAAUUGAUGUACAUUUGGUGGCCAUCGCUGAGCGAGAUUAGCUGCUGACUAGGAACAUUGCUCAACACAGGAACUGACUGUCUAAAGAACCUACAAAUGCUACUUGUAGACUUUCAACUCUGUUAUAACUUGCUACUUUCACUCACAAAAUAAAACAUGAUUGAAUUCUUAA